AAGAUUUUAUGAACAAGCUGCAAGGUUGCAAUCAUAUUCCUCCUUUGCGUUAUCUCUCUUCAGUCUUCACUCAAAUCUUUUCAAUUUUUCAAAAAUGAAGAAGAUGGUUGUAUUCCAGUUCACAGUUUUUGAUGAAAGCAUCAAAGAGAGAGCUAAGGAAAUUGCCAGCGAGUUUCCAGGAGUUACUAAGGUGGUAGAGGUUGAAGGAGAAGAUCAGCUAGAGGUGAGGGGAGAAUUUCGUACGUUUGAAUUGACAAAGGAACUAAUGAAGAUAGAUGAAUCUGUUGAGACAAUCAAGAUUGUACCAGAUGGAGUAACGGAGCCAGAAGUCAAGAUCCAGCAGCAAGAUGAAGGCAAACUACCUACUAACAUACAAAAAACGUGUAAGUGGCCCAGUGAUGUUGCCAGUAGCUCAAAUGGGAGAGGAGUGCAAGCAUAUGAAUUUUUAGGGCAGGCAAUAGAUGUUGCUAAGCAGGCCAAAGAUAUGGGUGUUGGUGUUGCUGAUAAGGCAAAUAGGUUUAGGUAUGAAUUAUUGUCGAAAUAAAAAAGAAAAAGAGGUUAAGGCAAAGCUAGAACCUAAGCUGAAAGCAGAACAAAAAAACAUUUGGGUACAACUUCCUGAAGCGCAGAAACGAGGUCCCUUUGAAGCGGAGAAACAAAAGAAGAUCAGGGAGGAGGAAGAAACAAGCUGAAGAGAUAAAACAAAGGAAGAUAGGGAGGAGAAAAUGAGGAAACAAGCUGAGGAGAUGAAACAAAAGAAGAUCAGGGAGGAGGAGAUGAGGAAACAAGCUGAAGAGAUGAAACAAAAGAAGAUCAGGGAAGAGAAGAUGAGGAAACAAGCUGAGGAGAUGAAGCAAAAGAAGAUCAGGGAGGAGAAGAUGAAAAAACAGGCUGAAGAAGGAGGAACAAAGGAGGAAACAAGCUGAAGAGAUGGAACAAAGGAAGAUCAGGCUGGACAAGGAGAAGAAAAAGAUGAUGGAAAAAGAUUUAGCAAUUAAGAAAGAAGAGGAAAAACUAAAGAUCUGGCAGGAGAAGAUGAAGAACUCGCUUGCAUCAUCUUGUGAACACACAUCUUACUUUCCUCUUAAGUCUUUUCAGAUUUUUAUUUUGAGGUGGUGAUCGGUUUGAGCUAGAAUUUCAUCUCAUUUUUUCUAAACUAAAGAAUAUUUCUCCUCAUUUUUAGUGCCUUUUUUUGUUAAUUAAGCAUAAGAUUAUCAUCUGAUGCGCAGGAGGAACGUCAUGGACAGGAACCACAGGGAGUUUGUGGGGGCAACCUAUCCACACAAACAAGUGCAUGGAAGGGACUACAAACCGAAGAAACAAGUGCAGCAGCACAAACCCAACUACCCGGACGAGCAAGUGCAUCAACGCAAAACCAACGUUUAACACAAAGACGAAAAGAGGAAUCACGAGGAGUUGACAAAAAAGGGAAGAACCACCAAUAAACUAUUUAUUCUAAUUCUAAAGAAGCUGAACAGGGUUUAAGCUUUUCAUGAUAAAAGAAACG